AUGGAGAAAAUCAACUGGAAAGACAAAUACAGUGAGAGCCAGCUUAAAAAGAAAAGAUGGUUGGAUCGACGGAAUCGAAAGAAAGCCCGCCAGCAAUCCAAGUUAACCGCUGCUGAAUUGGAAGAACAAUUGCAAUUGGUACUUACAGGCGAACAAGGUGCCCUGAUCAAUCGUCUUAAAGAGGAGAAUAUGCGGCUACGUACGAAGCUAACUCAAUACCAAACCAAGCUUGAAAAUAUCGUUUUGGCAGGUAAAGAGAUGCUCGAUUCUGAUGAG